AUGAGUUUCUUAUCUAAGAUGUUCAGAUCCUGCCUUCAGGGUCGACGGAGGCAGAGACAUAAGCAGAAACAUGAUCGUGAUACCCCGCCGGCUGUGCCGCCUAAGGAUCCCGUCCCUUAUUCGUGUCCCCCUGGGGUGAACCCCGAUUUGGUGAAAAAGCCUUCUAUCCGGAUUGUGGAGAAGGAUGAAGGUGAUGAGGGGAGACCCGGGUCUCGGUGUGGGGGUGGUUGUGGGGGGAAUGUGGUUGAGGCACCAGUGAAGGUGUCUGAGGAGACUAUUGUUGCUGUUGAGGGGGACACUGGUUUUGAAGGUGUGGAAAGGGAUUUCAAGGAUGAGGAAGGUGAACAGGAUGAAGAGAAAGGGGAUGAUCAUGACAAGAAAGACGACCGACAACCACACUGCAUCCCCGAGAGACCGCAAAGGAAAAACACCGUCAAGGGGCCCGAAGUCAGGAGUCGGAUGAUCGAAGACAUCCCCGAAGAAACCGACACAGAGACCGAAUCGAAGAUAAAAGAACCCGACCAAGAAUCGGACACAACAAUCCCAGCCAAAGACGAAAAAGGCAUGCCGGCCUGGCGGGUCAGUCGGCGCAAAUCUCUCGUCGAAAUCAUCAACCUUCUGCAAGCUACUGCGGCGUCGGCGCCCAAGCUAUCUAACAUCCGACUCCCCAGCAUCCCGCCCAAAUCGCCGCUUCGCACGCGCGGCUCGGUGGCAUCACUCUCUUCAUCUGUGUCCUCGGCCACGAUGACGGAAGAUGAGCCCGCUAAUCUGAAGAAAGAACGAAGGAUGGCCGCGGUGAUGCUUCGCGGUGGUCGGUUUGGAAACCGCAAAUCGGCGGAUGAGACGAUGAUAACAUCAGCUACGGCUAACGAUAAGGAAAAGCCUCUUUUUUGCUAG